UUGGAGCUUCCCUUCCCGGCAGUCUUUAGACUUUAGAGCUGUUUAAGCUUAAAGGGAAUGAUAAAAUUAAGCAGCAAUGAGCUAUGUGUUCAGGUCGUGUUCCCGACUAGCAGCCUCUACCUUACGGCAGUUUCCUGGUCACCGUCUUGGUAACACAAGUAAUAAUACAGCUUCAAUUCGGCGGGAAAGCCCAGUACCUAUUUCGCGGCGGCCUUUUACAAUAACCCGGUAUACGAGAAGAUCUCAGCUCAAUACUGAGACAGCGAGGGAAACAAAUCAGAGAGAUCAAGCUGUACAUGAGAACGAAGUAAAAGCUGGAAUUGAAGAUGCUACGAAGCAGCAGAUCAGGCGCCCCUGGCAGAGGGAAGGCGCCGAUGAGCCCCCCGUUAGUGAUUCGAGACGUAAUAUGAAUAAGUCCAUGACCAAGGGCAAACUUCUUACCACACCAACCCGACUUCUUAAACUAAUACUUCCUCUUCCAGUUGACGCCACACAUGAUGAACGGGGUAAUAGAGGAGAGUUCCGAUCACUCGCACAGAACGAAGAUAUCCAGCCCCUAGCACUGCUCAUCCACCCCCAACAACCGCUAUCUUACCUCGAGCGCCUAAUCCAAGCCGAACUCCCCGCGGUCCACGACAGCGAUGGUCGCGAGAAGAUGCCUAGCGUUUAUUUCCUAGCGGAAGGGUCUGAGCGAGAUGAGACGGGCCAGAAGACCGGGAUAGGAAAGAAGCAGCCGAAUAUCGCAUCCUAUUCGGGACUUGGCCGCGAAGGGGCUGAUACGCCGCCAGAGCACAAGGACUGGGUUCGGUGGAGCAGCAGUACUGAAAUCGGUGAUUUUAUCCGCGACGCCGCACGUGGCAGGGAGUUCGCUAUAGAGAUCGCCGGUCAAAACAGCGAAUUGCGAGUCGGGGUGCCUAGCUUUAAUGACCGCACUCAUUAUAUGCGUAUCCGAUUACAGCGCAUGUCCCGUAAAAUUGACGAACUCUCCAAGAUUAAACAUGAGUGCGAUAUGCUGGCGCAUCGCGGCGCUCAUCGCAUUGCAAAAGCUGGUUUUGUCGCUUUGGCGGGUUGGUGGGGCGCUGUUUACUUCUUAACAUUUCAUACUAACGCCGGCUGGGAUCUUAUGGAGCCGAUCACCUACCUCGCUGGUCUGACAACCAUCAUGGGCGGUUAUUUGUGGUUCCUGUUUAUGAGUCGGGAUCUCAGUUACCAAGCCGCGCUCAAGAUCACCGUCUCAAAAAGACAGAACAUCUUGUAUCAGGAGCGCGGCCUUAAUCUUCAGAAGUGGGAACACCUGGUACAUGACGCGAACGCGCUAAGGCGGGAGAUCAGGAAUGUAGCAGAGGAUUAUGAUGUUGAUUGGGACGAGACUAAGGAUCUUGGUGGGGAAGAAGUCAAACAAGUCCUCGAGCAUGAAGAUCAGAAGAAUGGUAGGAGAGAUCAUGAACGUGAACGCGAACGUGAGGACCGCGAUCGCGAGAAAGAUACAAGGCAUAAACCGGAAGAGCGUAAUGAAUCAUGAAUCAUUAUACCCAGAUAAUACAUACACACAUAUAUAAGUAUAGAGAAGCCUUCGGUCGUUUUAGUAUCAUUCGCGGAUUUGUGCUACCGGCAGGGAACUCGUCAAUAUAUUUGGUCAUUUUUGUCUAUACCUAGUAGUUUUCCCCUCAAUUUUCGGUUAUAACGAAUCCUUCUAGAAAAGGGGCUUUUCCUUCCUGUUCUGCGUUUCUUCGCUAUAUUAUAGUUGAUUAGGAAUUGGUAGGAUUAGGCGCCGAGAGUGCCCCU